AUAGUACACCACACACUACCUGGGUACCCCGGCCAUCUGUCCGAAGAGUAUAAGGUCAUCCACUCCUCCCGGGUCGGUUACCCUCCCUCCUCUCGACACGGCAUCGUGACUAUUCCCGUGUCGGCGUAACAAGGGGCUGCUGCUACUCUCUACCUUUACACGCACAAAUCUCAUCGGCUGUCCUCUACCCCCCCUCCCGGCACCUCCGCUGGCUCAUCGCCCCCGAUGGACUUUAGCAACUUCAUACGAGGCGCACUGCCCACCCUCGUAGCCAAUAGUAGCCAUGAUGCCGAUAGUGCUACCGAGAGCGGCCUUCCGGAUGGCCUCUUCGACACCCUGUCGCCCCUGCUCGGGUUCCAGUUCAACCCGCUGAUGAAGCUGUUCAUGGUCCUUUACAACCUCACCGGAAAUCGCCUAGGCAUCGACCCCACUUACAUCCUGACCGUGGUCGGCCUGUUCUGGGCGGCGAACAAAGUCUGGCUGCAGCUCUACAUGGGCUUCUUCGCCCUUGCUCGACGGUACUUCAUGGCGGACGUCGAGGUCAGCAAUUCGGACGAUAUUUAUUUCCACAUGAUGAAGUGGCUUGCAUCCCAGCCCAAGAUGGUCGAUUCUCGCUCCCUCACUGCCGAGACGGCAUCCAAAGGGGCGUGGGAAGAGGAAGACGAAUCGGAGCUCAUGACCGGUCGGGUGUUGGCCGAUGGCUCCGACGUCUUUCUCAACUUCUCAACCCAGGAGGCCAAGGCACCCCCUCGCUUCACGCCCGCCCUCGGCGUGCACAGCUUCUGGUUCAGGGGUCGAUACUUCAAGCUGAACAGGAAGCAGGAGGCCCUGUUCGACCCGUCAGCCGGGGGGAACGGCAUGCCCCAGUUCAAGGAUAAGGAGACUCUGGUGUUCUCGUGCUUUGGCCGCUCUCCCGAGCCGAUCAAGCAGCUCCUGCAGCACGCCAAGGAGCAGUACUAUCUCGACCACCAAGCCAAGACCAUCGUCAGACGCCCGGCCGCCCAAGGCAUGCGCCGCUACGGUCAUCGGCACUCGUGGCAGCAGGUCGCCAACCGCCCGGUCCGCCCCAUGCAGACCGUGGUCCUCGACGAUGAGCAAAAGAUCCGCAUUCUCUCGGACAUGAACGAAUACCUCCACCCAGCCACUCCGCGGUGGUACGCCAACCGCGGAAUUCCGCUCCGCCGGGGCUACCUCUUCCACGGCCCGCCAGGAACGGGCAAGACUUCGCUAUCGUUUGCCCUGGCCGGUGUAUUCGGUCUCGAUAUCUACGUCAUAUCCCUCCUGGACCCUACCCUGACGGAGGAAGACUUGCUAGGCCUAUUUACCUCCCUCCCCCGGCGUUGUGUGGUCCUGCUCGAAGACAUCGACACAGCCGGGCUCAAACGUGCCGAAGACGACGACUCGUCUUCGUCUUCCUCAUCGUCUUCUUCGGACGAUGAUAAGAAGAACAAGGAACAGCACCAAGAGGACGAUAACAAAGACAAGAAAACCCCCAAGAAAGCUAGACACCACAAGGGUGGAAGGGACUGGAAAGUCUCGGACCUUGCCCGCGAACUCAAGCGAGCCGGAGGCAACGGCGACUCGGGCGAGAAGAAGACCAUUUCACUGUCCGGCCUCCUCAACGCCAUCGACGGCGUAGCCUCACACGAGGGCCGCGUGCUCAUCAUGACGACCAACAAGCCGGAAGCCCUCGACGAAGCCCUGAUUCGGCCGGGACGCGUCGACCUGCAAGUCUCCUUCACCAACGCGACCCAGCGACAGGCGCGGGAGUUGUUCGUGCGCAUGUACGAGCCCGAAAACACAAACACCUCCACCCCGCCGUCGACCUUUUCGCUCUCGGACCACCUCUCCUCCCCGCUGCCGCCCCUGACGCCGUUCUCCGAACCCCCGCCCACGCCCUUCUCAAUCUCCUCCUCCAAGGACGGCAACAUGACCGACGUGUCAGACACCACCAGGGUCGAGCCCGACGACUACAACGACAACCUCACCCACAACAACAGCAACGAAACCACCCCCCUCCAACUCUCGAAGACCACCACCACCCCCAGCACAACCAAAAAGUCCCCCCCCACCCCCCUCAACCUCACCACCACCACCACAACCACCACCCACCACCACCAACCAACCUCACCCGACCCAACACCAGACACGACCCUCCACCCCGCCGAGCUGAUGCACAUCGCCGCACAGUUUGCCGCCAAGAUCCCGCCGGGCCAGUUCUCCCCCGCCGAGCUGCAGGGGUUCCUGCUCAAGCGCAAGAAGACGCCGCGGCGGGCGCUGGAGGAGGUGGAGGUGUGGGUGGCGGGGAUGGUGGCGCAGAAGGCGGGGCGGACGCGGGUGCUGAGUUUGGCGGUGCAGUGA